UUCUGCCCCCCUGUGGAUAAAGUAACCACCGCAUGGCGAGCUUGGUAUCCUGCCACCAAGGUUAGUCAUUAACCUUGUCUUCUCAGUCACUCAGGGCACCACCAGGAGAAAGCGGGCAGCAGCAGCAGCAUACUCUCUCUGUCCGUCCGAGGCAUGCUGCCGCUCGGCUGUAACAUCUCACCACCAUGGGCGACUGGAACCACCGUGUGCAGGAGCAGCGCGCUUUGUCCACGGAGGACGACGGCGUCACCACCGUAGUGUUUCGCCAAGUGGACAGCCGUGACGACGACGAUGAUGAUGAUGAUGAUGAGCGGACAGAAGCGAGGAUUUACCUGCAGAACCACCACGAGGAGGAGGGUGAUGCUGAGGAAGCGAGAGGAAGCGAGGAGGAGAAGAAAACAACGUUGUGUCCGCCGGCGUUUUGCGUCAGGAGAAGAAGCGUCGCAGAAGGAGACGCGCUUGAAGAUUCAGAGAAACCACAGAGAUGUCCAGGUCUUGGUUUGUUCUAUGCUUUCCUGUCAACAGUUUUCUUCUCCAUCAUUGCCCUCUUGGUGAAAACCAUCCAGGGUGUCCACGCCAUAGAGAUCAGCGCCAUACGCUGCUUCUUCCAGAUGCUCUUCACUAUGCCGUUACUCAUCUACCAUAAGACAGGUUUCCUUGGUCCCAGAGACAAACGUGUAUUCCUGGUGCUUCGGGGUUUCAUCGGCUCCAACGCCAUGAUCAUGCUCUACUAUGCUGUUCAGCAGAUGCCGCUAGCGGACGCCACAGUCAUCAUGUUCAGUAAUCCAGUCUUUACCUCAAUCCUGGCCUGGAUCUUCCUGAAGGAGAGAUGUACAAUCUGGGACUGUGUCUUCACUGUUUUUACCAUCGCUGGAGUCCUCCUCAUCGCCCGACCACCAUUCCUCUUUGGCGAUCAUCAACGUGGCAUUGAGGGCAACUACACCAACCACAUCAAGGGGACUAUCGCUGCCUUUGGAGGAGCCAUUGGGGCUGCUUUUACAUUUGUUGUCCUUCGUAAGAUGGGGAAAAGCGUCCAUUACUACCUCUCCGUCUGGUACUACGCUGUCAUCGGUUUCAUCGAGUGCAUCAUCACUGUAACCAUCCUCGGGGAGUGGAAAAUCCCGUACUGUGGCCGCGACCGCUGGAUGCUGAUGCUGAUCGCCGUCCUGGGUAUCGCCGGCCAGACCUUCCUCACAAAGGCCCUGCAGAUUGAGAAGGCCGCACCCGUGGCCCUGGUGAGGACUAUUGACGUGGUGCUGGCGUUCAUCUUUCAAUUUAUUUUCCUCAACCGUGCGCCGACCUUGUGGAGCCUCGGCGGGGCGCUGUGCGUGGUGGUGAGCACUAGCGGGGUAGCACUUCGGAAGUGGUACACCAGCUCUCGCAAGUGCUGAGAAGGAGAAGCAACGUAGAAUACUUUGGUAUUACUAUUUCUUCUUUUUUUUUUUCACUAUCAUACGUUCUUGAUUUAUUCUGUAUUUUACUUGUUACUUACAGUACAUGCAAACCUUUAAGGAGGUUUAAGCUCUAUGGAGAUUCACAAUAGAAAUAUAGAAGGAUUAAUCUAGUAGAGGUCAGUUAUGAGUUCAUGAUUAAAUUCAAAUUUGAAUUGUGCUAUACGUGUUAAAUACAGGAAUGAAAAAUUGCUGCUGCCCCGAAACCAUAUCCUGCUCCUUGGAGCCUGAGCAGCGAACUAACUGCAUAUUCAACACAGAUUUAAUCUAUUUUCUCCAAAGUCCAAUUUCACCAUAAUGAAGCCGUUUUAUGAAGGAUAUCCUCAGUCCCAUUUUCCAUUUGCUCUAGCCAAAGAGAGAGGUGUACUGCAUCGCGACCACCCAUACUGUGUUACAUAACUUGGCAACAAUAGUAUACUGCAAAAAAAAGUAUAUAACAUAUGCCAUUUUAUUCUGGUAUGCACUAUCGAAUCAGUAUCUGCAAAAAAUACUUAACAUAUUUGUGGUGCUGACAAUACAAUCAGAAAAAGGAAAUGUAAUGCAAACCAAAUGAGCAGUAUUAGCACUUAAAUACUCAUUUCUGUUUAGCAAACCUAACGUGUUGGUUAGAAAGACAUUGCAGAUAUUUGAGUCAACAAAAAAAUAUAAAAUAUAAAAAUAAAAUCCCCUAAAUUGGAUACAAAUUGUUACUUGAAAACAGCUGUACGAUUCACUCAGGGAUCUCUUGCCUAACUGCUCCUAAUGCCUAUAUGAAUCCAAUCCAUGAAGAAUUUAUUCCUUUGUGAUUUUAUUUUUCUUCUGUCUCUUCUAAUAUAGUACAAGAUAAUAAGCUAAUAUUCAUUAUCAUCCAAUCCAUAGUUGAUAAGUUCUUAAUAUCUUUGAAGUGCCUUAAGUCGGGAGCUUUAACCUCCAGCUUCCCUUAGUGGAGCUGCUCAGUAACCAGCAACUUGAACUGGGCGGCUCUCAGGUGUGAUUGCGCAUAAUUAUGAAUAUGAAGUAGGGUGCUUCUGAAAAAAAAGUCAACCCAAUAAGUAAUGAUUUUUAAAAUCAAAGAUACAGCAUUUUCAAUGGGGCACCUAAAGCAUGACCGUUAUCCCCAAAAUGAUUUCUUACUUAUCUCAGGAGAACUAGCACUUAAUGUCCUCCUUAAGCAUCUGAUAAAGUCUAAAAAUAUAGUUUCCACGAUGCUCAGAAGAGGGGUGUUGUUGUUUGCACUUUGUCUCUGCUAGAGGGUAGAAAAAGUGUCAGUAACCUGCCACUAUAAUCCAACAAAGAAGCGAGCAUACAAGGAUUGCUUCUAGAUAACGACGUCCUCUUCCUAGAGAGGAAAGAUGAGAGAUGAAACUACAUUAAAACAGCGUAGGUUGUUCAGUACGAACAUGCCCUGCAUCAGUCAGUCGAAUAGUAGCAAAACAGUUACCAAACUUGAAAGCUGAUGUUGAGGUUUUACACUUGAGUAUACUUGUUUUUGUGAUGAGCAUCAGUGACUCAUAACAGCCGUCUGUGAUUCUUGUGCCAAGAAGAGGAUGUCUGUAGUCACCUCAUGAUCAUCAUCCUGUAUCUGGCUGAGAAAUAAGACUUAAAAAUAGUCUUAAAAUACAUUUCAAUGAGAGAUUUCAAAGCAAAAAAGAUAUUGUGCUAAAAGCAUUAUUGUGUUUUGUCCUAAAAGGUCAGCACUGUCCUCAGCUGCAUAGUUAAUCAAAGGUGAUCUUUAUGUGUUUUGUAGGAAGCCCCAGAAAUCCUGUUAUUUCAAGGGAUGUGGGUUUCCAGCACAGCAGCCUGUGCAUUUAGCGAAGAGUUUCCCACUGUCAUGACUGAUGAAGUCUCGGUGCAACUGCAGUCCUCUGUUGCGGGAAUGUUUAAUUGGGUGAAAUACGGCUAGACAAGGACAGCAAUUAGUGCUGCUAGACUGCUAUUUAAUAUCCUGCAGUUUCUUCCUCGCUAUUUUUUCACACACUGCUGUUUCUGUUCUCGUGGGUUGAGAACUGUGUCGGCACAGCUGCACAUCACCAGACUUAACUCUUUCUCCUUUUAUCUGGUAAAUCACUAAUAGACUGAACUCUGAGUUUGCACAUUAUUAUUUUUUUUGUUAAAUCUGUGACACUUCCUGUGACAGUGAUGUAUGUUUGUACAUUCUUUUCUUUAAACGGGACCUGUUAUGCUUUUGUGCUUUUUCUCUUUCCUUUAGUGUGUUACAUAGCUUUUUCGUGAAUUUAAAAGGUCUGCAAAGUUACAAAGCCCAAAGUCCACGCCAAAGCAGAAACACUGUUCCUGAACUGCCUGAAACGCCUAGCUUGAAGUCCCGCCUUUUCUUCCGUAACAUGGUGAUGUCACCAAGUAACACAUUUUGCCUAGCGGGUAGUUUGGCACGCAAUCAAACAAAACUAGUUAGAGCGGAGUCCGAGGAGUUUGUUUCGGUUGACCAAUUGUAACAGAGUGGGCCAGUUGACCAAUCAGAGCAGGCUGAGCUUUUUGAGAGGGCGGGGCAGGAGCUUAAACAGAGCAUUUCAGACAGACGGUGAAAAGAGAUGCUGCAGAACAUCCGGUAUGAGAAAGACAAAGCUUUUUUUGAACAUUAAAGCAUGUAAACAUGUUCUAGUAAGAAACCCAGAUACAAGUAUGCCCCUGAAAAUAAGCAUAAUAGGUCCCCUUUAAGAAGCAAAACAAGGAUUCCAGGAGGAAUAUUUAGAUUUACAGUGAACCUUUCUAUGCUGGAGAAAGCACUCUCCUAUGAGUGCUUAUUUGAUUUUUAUGUCCAUGUAAUUUGCUGUGGUUAUUAUGAUUAGGACUGAUGUGGUAUUUUAUUACCAAUACCAGUUAUAAUAAAACUAUAUAUCAGUUCCUAAAAUUCUUAUCCUACCCAUUAGUUUUAAAGAGUCUAAUAUAGUUAAAUGAUUCAUUUGGGUUCAUUGUACGACAAGCCCUGGGAAAGUAACAUCAGCCAAAGUUUGAAAUAGAAUAAAAUCCCAUGUGAUCCCAGUAUCAUACUUUAGUGUGGAGGAAUAUAUUUAAAAGCACUGUGACAUUGUUUUUUAAUCAUUGUUCGUAGUACAGUAGGCUGUUAUGGUCACUUCAGAUGUUCUAAUUUUCCGUUAUUCUUGUUUGAUUUGCUUUGACGUAGAUUUUUACCUCAGAUUGCUAGUUUAGUUGAUUUGAAUGCUGGUAGCGUAAACACAAUGUGUUGUAUUUCCAUAAAACGGUUAGGUAAACAUUUGUUUCAGGACCUAUAAGCCUUACAAAGAAGAAGCUGUUUUUAGGGAUUUUAAACUAUGCUUUAAUAGUAUUUAUUUUACUAUUUCUGUAAUAUAUUACAUCAACAUAUUCUGUAAGAUGUAUAUAUUUCUGCAUAGUGAUUGAUUAUAUUUAGUAUACUAUGAUUUAGUAAUAAAUUCUAUAUGAAUAUUAUAA